UUUAUGUUUCUAACAAACCCUUCAGCUCAUUUUACUCAAACAAGCAUUAUGUCUGCAACAUCAAUACAAACACAAAACAGUCCAGUAGAGAGUGCCUCUCGAUCAUGUUCAUCCCAACUUCCCACCCAAAAAUGGCCUCCCCACCUCCUCAAGAUCAUGCUUUCAGAGCUCAGAAUACAAAGAGGAAUAGCUCUUCCUCUGGUGGCUAUGAACUUGACAUGGUUUGCCAAGAUAGCCAUCACAACAGCUUUUCUAGGAAGACUCGGAGAGCUUCAACUGGCUGGUGGCGCACUUGGUUUCACUUUCGCUAAUGUCACUGGCUUCUCUGUCUUGAGUGGUCUAUGUAUGGCCAUGGAGCCUAUAUGUGGUCAAGCAUAUGGAGCCAAAAACAUUAGGCUUCUCCACAAGACACUUCUUAUGACAACUUUCUUGUUACUUCUUGCAACUCUUCCUAUUUCAUUUUUGUGGCUCAGUGUCGACAAAAUCCUCAUUCAUUUUGGCCAACAAGAAGACAUUUCAACAGUUGCAAAGACCUACCUUUUCUAUCUCCUACCGGACUUGGUUAUUACCGCAUUGCUUUGUCCCCUCAAAGCCUACUUGAACUCGCAAAGCAUUACACUUCCUUCCAUGUUUUCCUCAGGUCUAGCUCUUGCCCUUCAUAUACCGAUCAACAUAGCGCUUGCAAACGCUAAAGGCAUUGAGGGAGUUGCAAUGUCUGUCUGGAUCACUGACCUUAUGGUUGUGAUUCUACUUGCAAUCUAUGUGUGUGUGAUAGAAGUUGAAGCAAAGGAAGGGAGGUUGAAAGAAGGCGGGUGGUUGGAACAAAGUGUUUGGGACUGGAUUAGGCUGCUCAAGCUUUGUGGACCUUGCUGCCUCACUACCUGCCUAGAAUGGUGGUGCUAUGAGAUUUUGGUCCUGUUAACUGGUUGGCUCCCCAAUGCCAAGCAGGCAGUUGGAGUUUUAGCCAUAGUACUAAACUUCGACUACCUGCUUUACUCAGUGAUGCUGUCUCUGGCAACAUGUGCAUCGACUAGAGUCUCAAAUGAGCUCGGAGCAAACAGCGCAGGCCCUGCAUACCAGUCUGCAUUUGUGUCUCUGGCAGUGAGUUUGAUCUCCGGUUGUUUAGGUGGAUUGGUGAUGGUAGCUUCCCGGGGAUGUUGGGGGUCACUGUUCAGUCAUGAUAAGGGGGUUGUAAGAGGUGUGAAGAAGAUGAUGCUGCUGAUGGCUUUGGUGGAGGUUGUGAACUUCCCAUUAGCUGCUUGCGGAGGGAUUGUUCGAGGAACGGCGAGGCCAUGGUUGGCUAUGUAUGCAAAUCUUGGUGGAUUCUACUUUCUGGCUUUGCCCUUGGGAGUUAUUUUAGCCUUCAGAGUUAAACUGGGGCUGAGUGGACUGUUAAUAGGAUUCUUGAUUGGGAUGGUUGCAUGCUUGAUUUUGUUGCUGAUGUUUGUUCUAAGAAUGAACUGGGAUGAAGAAGCGUGCAAGGCACAAAGACUUGCCUCAGUUUCCUGUCAAGCACCAGAACUUAAAAAAGAUGAAAACCACAGAAGCUUGGGCAAAGUAGAUGCCGAAGUCUAAGAGGAUCAGGAACUGAUAAUGUCUGGUUGUCUACUACAAUGUUCUCCAACUCCAAAGGAUAAUUCUAGCAAAGUUUUCGUGG